AAAAAAUCCCAGGUAAAGAAGAGUGGUCUAGUUGUGGUGAAAAACAUGAAGAUUAUCGGUCUUCAUUGUUCCAGUACAGACUUGCAUGCCGGCCAGAUUGCACUCGUUAAACAUGGGUCAAGACUUAAAAACUGUGAUCUUUAUUUUUCCAGAAAACCAUGUUCAACUUGUUUAAAAAUGAUUGUAAAUGCUGGGGUGAACAGGAUUUCUUACUGGCCUGCAGAUCCUGAAAUCAGCUUGCAGAAUGAGGCGUCCAAUCCCAUGACUACUGAUGAUGCAAAGCUAGAUGCCAAAGCAGUAGAAAGACUGAAGUCAAAUAGUCGUGCUCGAGUGUGUGUAUUGCUUCAGCCCUUGGUAUGCUAUAUGGUGCAAUUUGUUGAAGAAACUUCCACCAAGUUUGAUUUUAUUCAAAAAAUAGCAAAAUGUCAGCCUGACUCUAAUACUGACUUUUAUACUGCAUGUAGACAAGAGAGAAUAAAAGAGUAUGAAAGUUUAUUCCUAAUUUCAAAUGAGGAAAUGCACAAGCAAAUAUUGAUGACAAUAGGACUGGAGAACCUCUGUGAAAAUCCGUACUUCAGCAACCUCAGGCAAAAUAUGAAAGAUCUUGUCUUGGUCUUGGCAACAGUGGCUGCCAGUGUCCCUGUCUUUGGAUGCUUUGGAUUUUACAACAGUGAAUCACGGCGAACAAAUGAAACAGACCAUCAGGGUUUGCCCCAAGAAAUUGCAAGGCACUGCAUGAUACAAGCCAGGUUACUUGCCUACCGGACAGAGGAUCAUAAAACGGGAGUUGGAGCUAUUAUUUGGGCAGAAGAAAAAUCAAGAAGCUGUGAUGGAACAGGAGCAAUGUAUUUCGUAGGCUGUGGUUACAAUGCCUUUCCUGUUGGAUCUGAAUAUGCUGAUUUUCCACACAUGGACGAUAAACAAAAAGAUCGGGAAAUCAGAAAGUUCAGAUACAUCAUACAUGCAGAGCAGAACGCCUUGACAUUCAGGUGUCGAGAAAUAAAGCCGGAUGAGAGAAGCAUGAUAUUUGUGACAAAAUGUCCAUGUGAUGAAUGUGUCCCUUUAAUCAAAGGGGCUGGUAUCAAGCAGAUCUAUGCAGGAGAUCUUGAUGCAGGAAAAAAGAAAGCAGACAUAUCCUAUAUGAAGUUUGGUGAACUUGAAGGUGUAAGCAAAUUUACAUGGCAACUAAAUCCAUUGCACAAUAAUGCCCUUGAAUUCCAUGACCCCACAGCCAGGGAAAAUGGGGUCCAGAAAACAAAAUCACUAGAUGAUCAGCAGCACCAAAACAAGAAACUGUGUCUUGGUCACUAUUGAAAAAUUAAGCACUUCUGCAGUCUUGCUCUGUACUUUUUAUAAUGCAGCCUGUUUGCACUUUCAAAUAAGGAAGAGUUUUAUUUAUUGUUUGGAAAGUGAUUUUUAAAUAAGUUUAUUUAUGAGGUCUUAAAUGUUUUACAGAAUUACCUGAAUGUCCUUUUAAUUUAGAAGUUCCUGGGGAAAAAAUGCUGCUUGUAUUUUCUCUGAAAGUAACUGGGUGGCUAAUCAUUGUUAACAUGUUAAAAAAAAAAUACCGAAAGUUUAUUGCUGGUAGAUCAGAGUAAUAAUAAAAUGGUAUCUUUUUUGCUUG